GUGUAUGUGCUGCCGAAGAAGAGUGACGUAGCUGAAACGGUGAAGACCGAUUGGUUGCCGAUGGUGGAGCGGCAACAAGACCGACUUGUGAAGGCGAUUCGCACUGACCGUGGGGGAGAGUUCCUGAGCAAGGAUUUCUCAACUUGGCUGAAGAAGCAGGGCAUAAGGCACUCUCUUACCAUGCCCUACUCUCCUGCAAUGAACGGCAUCGCCGAGCAUGUGGAGAAGCGGUGGAUGCGAGUGCAUCAAAAGAAGUACUUGGAGGCCUUGGCUGCCAACUUUGGGAAGAGUGAAGGUCAUGGUGCUAUUGCAUUGGCUAAGAACCCCGUUCUUCAUGGCCUUACCAAGCACAUGAAGGUGAAGUGGCAUUGGGUGAGGAGCAUGGCAACCGCGGGUGAAGUGGAGUUGCACUACGUGAAGACGACGGCGCAGCCUGCUGAUAUGAUGACCAAGAGGCUGGUUGAGCAGCAGCAUUGGAAGUGUUGCAAGCUUGCUGGGAUGGCUCUGAACUAAGGGGAGCAGAUUCUAAGGCCAACAAUCCGAGGGGGAGUUUGUUGGUGCAAUCCUAUGGCUUGCACUCGGCUUGUCGUCCUUGUUUGUGUGUGUGCAUGCAUGGCAUGGAAUGAAUUGUGAGUCUAUGU